GUGAUGUUUCUGAUUGUGUAGAGUAAAAAAAAGAAUCCCAAAAAACAUUACCAAAUAUAUCACAUAUACAGUAUGUAUUGGGUUCAAACAGGCUGCUUUUGUGUCAUUCUAGUGAUCUUAGUUAUUCAAGCUCUAUUUAACAUGUGCACAUACACACUAAACUAGAUCAUGUUUAUCAGAUGCUCGCAGGACACAGGUGGACUGUAGAUGUAACAGCUGCUCUUGUGUGAAAAUCUCUGGAGUGCACAUCAAUGGAGUCAAUCAGCAGUCAGACAAAAGCGCUUCAAAUCCCCAAAUCACAUUACUACAAUAUCACAUUAUGCUUAUUCAACAAACUGUCUGUGCUAUCUUCAUGAAUCUUGUCCUAACGAAUGCAUGUUUUUUUUUUUUUUUUCCGAUAGCACUGUGACCAUUAAAGUCAACCCAAAGCAGAUGUUUAAUUUACUCAGUUGAAUCAAAGACUUUCUUUGAUUCUCUUGCUGUAAAUUGAUGUAACUUCAACGUGAAUUACCCAUAGUGUGUGCAUUUUAUCGAGAUUCUUUAAUACACUUGCUUGUUUAUUUUUGAAGUUAUAAUCUUAAUGCAUUUAUAGUGUUUUGCAUGAUCACUAGAAUAGUAGUAACGCUUUUUUGUGAUGUGUAUGACACUGCAGACAUUUCCCAGUUGUCUUGUCACCCCAAAUAAGCAUAAAAUGUGUCAUUAUAGAGAAACUAGUUCAAUAAGUUCUUUUCACUUAUGCACAACAUGAAAUUGGAGCAGGUAGAGCUUUUUAAGGUUUUCAUUUAUUGACUGAGGCACUGCAGUGAUAUCAGCAUCAGAAAAAAAAUGGGAUUAGAGUUCCCUCUGAUGGCUGUCCUCAUUACUACUCCAUUCUGUUUCUUAGAAAACAAUCCUUGCUCUCAAACCAUUUUUAUAUAGUCCUACCGAAUCAAUAUUAUGUAUAUUUGACUGAUACCUUGAUAUCUUUAUAUAGCCUACCUAGACUUCAUAUAUUUUAACUCAUUUAUACGCAGGACUAUUCUAUAAUUUACAACCCGUUAUAAUUGGGCAAAACUGAUACUUUUAAACCUUAAAUAUCCCCAGUGGAGAUAUGAUCCGCAUGUAGAGAAAGCCAGUCUUCAUUAAACAGCCUGGCGCAGGGGGGCUGCCUAAGGGUAAACGCUCGCGCGCAAAAUGCAUAGUAAGCAGAAUUGUUGGGAAAUCCACUCAUUUUUUAACGUCCGCGCGCCGGUGACGGGUAAUCGCGCUUUUCUCUGAAUAAGCUCAAACAAGAUAAGUUUCAAAACCCAACGGCCGCUUAAAUUUCCCUCGGGGGGUAAUUAUGUAGCGCGAGCGGAGGUGACGUCCUAUUACUUUGGUCCCAAACACGAACAAAUGCCACUAGAGUGACAGUCGGGCUAGACUAGAGUGAGGAGAGCAACGGACGUCCAAACUGGCGACCCGGUAAGCGGAGAAUCCUGUUAAACUCUGUAACGCGUGAACGGUUGCGCAGAUAAGCGUUGAGAUGUCGUGCUAGGCUGCCACAGAGGAAAGAAGGGGGAAAAGUAAUGGUCUGUUAAAGGGAAUGUGUUGACUAGAGGGAAAAUAGGGGAAGAGAGAAUACAAAGUCUAUUUUAAGGGCUGUCUGGUUACUGUCGUUCAAUUGGAUUUAGGAGUGAUGAAGAGCUCUUUGGGAUGCGGGGGAAAGGAAGGGAUGCUCUGCAGCGGUUGUUCAGUCACUGAAUCGUAAAAGAGGACAGAACAAUGAGCCUGUAUGGUUAAGACUGGAUAUAUCUGAAGAACAACGCAUCAUACUACUGCUGUAAGCUGAACGUUGCGGGAUUUUGCUCACUGCUUCAAAAGGAAUUCAUUGCCAUUUUUUAUCAACGUGGAUCUACUGCACCAUUCAGGUAUUUAAGGUAUGGGAUAUGGACUACACUGCAGCACCAAAAUGAGAAGUCUGUGGGUCGGUGUUUUGUUCAUAACUUUCACCUGCCAUCUGAGCCUCUCCCAGUCUACUACAGGGACUCCUAAAGAGUCAGAGCUCAAUGAUAACAUCACAGUAUUUACACGAAUCCUGGAUGGAUUGCUGGAUGGCUACGAUAACAGACUGCGACCUGGGCUUGGAGAGAAAGUGACUGAAAUUAAGACCAACAUAUUUGUCACCAGCUUUGGGCCAGUGUCAGAUACUGAGAUGGAAUACACCAUUGAUGUGUUUUUCCGUCAAAGCUGGAAAGAUGAGCGUUUGUGUUUCAAAGGGCCGAUGGAGAUGCUACCUCUGAAUAACCUGCUGGCCAGCAACAUCUGGACACCCGACACCUUUUUCCUUAAUGGCAAAAAAUCCAUUGCUCACAACAUGACUACGCCCAACAAGCUUCUGAGACUGAAGGAUGAUGGGACAUUGCUGUACACCAUGAGAUUGACCAUAUCAGCCGAGUGUCCCAUGCAGUUGGAGGAUUUCCCUAUGGAUGCUCAUGCCUGCCCACUCAAAUUUGGCAGCUAUGCCUACCCUAUCUCAGAGGUUGUGUAUAAGUGGACUAAAGGCCCUGGCAAAUCUGUGGUAGUGGCAGAGGAAGGGUCACGUCUCAACCAAUACCAUUUGAUUGGCCACUCGGCUGGUACAGAAGAUAUCAGCACAAGUAGAGGUCAAUACACAGUCAUGAUGGCCCAUUUCUACCUGAAGAGGAAAAUCGGUUACUUUGUGAUUCAGACUUACAUGCCCUGCUUCAUGACUGUCAUUUUGUCCCAAGUCUCAUUCUGGCUCAACCGUGAAUCUGUCCCUGCCAGGACUGUCUUCGGUGUGACCACAGUGUUGACCAUGACCACCCUCAGUAUUAGCGCCCGCAACUCUCUUCCCAAAGUGGCGUAUGCCACCGCCAUGGAUUGGUUCAUCGCCGUUUGCUAUGCCUUUGUGUUUUCAGCUCUUAUUGAGUUUGCCACAGUCAACUACUUUACCAAACGCAGCUGGGCAUGGGAUGGAAAGAAGGCCUUGGAAGCUCAGCAGCCUAAAAAAAAAGACCCACUCGCGCUCUCCAAGAAGCCAAACAAUGCCUGUUCAUCCGGAGUUAACUUCACCCCCAACAUCACAAAGGAUGCGGCUAUCUCCACCAUCUCCAACAGCACCACUGUUCAGUUGAAGAGUGCUGAGACCAAGCCCGCAAUGGACCCCAAAAAGACGUACAACAGCGUCAGCAAAAUUGACAAGAUGUCCCGGAUAGUGUUCCCGGUCCUCUUUGGGACUUUUAACUUGGUCUACUGGGCCACAUACCUCAACAGGGAACCGGUGAUUAAAGGUGCCGUUUAACCCACACAAAAUACCCAACGCCACCGCGACAUCCCCUUCACAGCCUCUUUUUCUUCUCCAUUUCAGUAUGCAGUGACAAGCUAACCUCGCAAAAAAAUGAUGACGAGCACUCAUUUACUGCACCUCUCACUUCGCUAACCUAUAAAAGGAGUGCUCUUGUUGCAUUUCCCUCCUGAUAUCAUAAAUUGCAUGGGAAUAUAAUUGCCAUAUUUGCCUUGACUUCUUAUUUUAUACAGUAUUUCCCUGGUUUCCACUGGUUAUUGCAUUCAUUUUACAAUGAAAUGAGUGCCAUACAAGCUACCAUUUCAUUCACGAAAGUUUCCAAAGGACCUGAACAAAAAUUAAUGCAUUUGGCAUCAACAUUAAUCACAGAAUAAAAAUGAUUUUUGAAAAGAAGUACAGCAAGGCCAAAUGCUAUGCAAAAACCUUUUUCUACUAUGUUGUAAUGGGUAAUUGCUUAUAAUGAAACCCUUGCUUUGUAUUAAUGGACUUGAGGCUUCUCUUCUUUAUGUUUAAUGGCUUUAGCAUCAGUGGAGUAAGGCAGACAGAUGCUAUGCUAAGUUUUUAGCCAUGCUAAAAACAUUGCCUUCAGAGGGAUUACUUCAUACGAGUGCUCGGAAAUGUCCCGCAAUUACUGAUUUCACUUUCAUUUGUCAUUUUUUCUAAGCUUUUUUGAAGUAGCUAAAUAGAAUUGCGCACCUUAGGCAGCUUUUCACACUUUAGACCAAGAUAUUCUGCAAGGUGAACAAGGUCGGGUUGCAGCUAAGACUUUCAAAUCAUUUGUACAUAGCUUGUGUAUGCUUUGCUUUUAAUGUAGAUGCGGCUUAACAUUAGUGAGGAAGAGCUGAAAAUGGUUCUGCUACGCUACUCUAAUGUGCAGCCAAAGCGACAUGAAUGAGAGCUAGCUUGCCGAUGGUGUAAACGCAGAUUGUAUUGUGAAAUAUUGUAGGCUUUGACAGAAUAUGCCAUUUCUUUACAGUUAAUUGUUUUUAACUUGGCUUUUCAUGCAGGUGACAGACAUUUUCUUACUUUUCUCUGUGUUGUAAAUUGGUCAGUGGGUUUUGAGGUUGGAACGAGUCAGCAAAAGCCUUAAAUGUUGACACCUAGCGAAAUAUAUAUAUAUUUUUUGUGUUACCAAGACUAAUGUGAAAUGAUCAGGUAAAAAGUUCUGAAAGAAAAAUUAAACAUUUACAUAGAAUAAUGAAUUUUUUUCAGAUUCUAAAAACGUAAAGACAGGAAAAAAGAAAGAAAGUCAGACAUACAGUAGUAGAAAGGUGGAACCUGCUGUAGUCAAGCAUGUUAAAAUGGAAAUGUCACACUCUGGCCUUCAAACCAAAAUGCAUGGCUACUUACUUGGGGAAUUACAUGGAGGAGAGAACAAUGACCUUGUUACUUCGAAAAUGUGACUUGGGAAGAUUCGGUUGUUAUCCUGUAAUCAUUCUAUUCUGAACUUGUUACAUGGAAGUGAGACUGCACAAAAAACCUAGGUGACCCAAUGGAUGAUGUGUAGCUCAUUAAGAGGCCAACUACAAGAGCCAUUAAGCUCAGCUCCUCUGUAUGCCACUCAGGCCUAUAGGAGAAUGAAUCAUGAAAGGAGUUCAAGUGAGUCAGUAAUGUGCCCUUUUACAACAAUGGAUGUUUCCAGAAAUGUACAGCUGUUCCUCAAAGCAUACAUGUCUGAAGCAAUAAAUUCUGCCUGAUAUGUUUCUUGA